AUGGCGGCGGCGAAGCUCAAUGAAGAACAGUACAAGGCCUACCAUGAGAUCCUAGGCGCAGUUGAGCACAACCGUCCGUUGUGCGCCUACAUUGAUGGCAGAGCGGGACGAGGGAAAACGUUUCUCGUUAAUACGAUCUGUAAUAAAUUGCGAUCUGAAGGACACAUCGUCCUCCCUACCGCUACUUCUGCUUUCGCUGCUCAACUAUACCCAGGUGGGAGAACAACGCAUUCUACAUUCAAGGUAUGUUACACGUCAGCCUCCGCAUACCCUUGGCAUUUACGAAGUCAUCGCUGCGCAGGUCCCCAUUGCUGA